AUGUCGACGUCCAAGCCUACCGGCGAGGCCCACUUUGUUAUUGGAGGCGCCGGCUUCCUCGGCUCGCGCAUCGCCCUGGCGCUCAAGCAGCGCGGCGAGAAGCACGUCUCCGUCUUUGACCUCAACCCGUCGCGCCAGCCCAUUGAAAAGGUCGAGUACUACACCGGCGACAUCACCUCCGAGACGUCGCUCCGCCACGCCCUCAUCCAGGCCCGCGACGCCGCCGACAUCGACCCGGCCAACCUCGGCAGCCCAAAGGAACCCAAGGGCGUCGUCAUCUACCACACCGCCAGCCCCGUCGCUGGCCUCGGUCCCGACGUCUACGAGAAGGUCAAUGUCGUCGGCACCCAGACCGUCAUCAAGGUCGCCCAGAAAAAGGAGCUCGCCGUCACAAAGCUCGUCUUUACCUCGAGCGCAGGCGUCGUCUUUGACGGCAACAGCCUGAUCAACGUCGACGAGAGGAUGCCCUUCCCCGAGAAGCCCCUCGACGCCUACAACGACACCAAGGCCAAGGCAGAGAAGGCGGUGCUCGAGGCCAACGGCUUCGAGGCCGGCGAGCUGCGGACGUGCGCCAUCCGACCGGCCGGCAUCUUUGGCAUCGGCGACAGGCAGGCGCUGCCCGGCUUCAUGCAGGUGCUGCGGACGGGCAAGACCAAGUUCCAGAUCGGCGACAACUCCAACCUCUUUGACUGGACCUACGUCGACAACGUCGUCCACGCGCACCUGCUCGCCGCCGACAAGCUGUACACGGCCGGCGCCGACGCUGCCGAGCUGUCAGAGGAGGUGCUCGAGUCCAAAGUGGUGGCAAGCGACGAAAAGGCCGGCGUGCGCGAGGUGCCCACGAGCGAGGCGCGCGAGGACACGCCCGCCGGCUCGACCGACUAUGCGCGCCGCCUGCCGUCGACGCUGAGCCCAGAGACGCUCGAGUCGACGCUCGACGUGCGGCCCGUGGCGCGCAACCGCUACGACCAGUUCUUCCACAUCAUGAACCCGGACGUGCCCUCGGCCGGUUCGCCGCUCUCUCCCGAGUUCCCGCUGGUCGAGGACUCGGUACCCGUGGCCGGCGAGGCCUUCUUCAUCACCAACGGCCAGCCGAUGCCCUUCUGGGACUUUCCGCGGGCGCUGUGGGCGGGCAUGGGCCACGUUGUGCCGGACAACAAGGUGUGGAGACUCAGCAAGGAUUGGGGGCUCACGCUGGCGGGCUACGCCGAGACGUUUGCGUGGCUGACGGGCCGCGAGGUGCAGUUCACAAAGUACAAGGUCACAUACACGGCCAGCGCGCGGUACUACAACAUCGAAAAGGCGCGCCGCGUGCUCGGGUACGAGCCCCUCGUCGGCAUGGAGGAGGCCAUCAAGCGCAGCGUCCAGUGGUGGAGGGAGGAGCACCCCGAGGACAUCGUCGACGACGCCGGCACCGCACCGGUCAAGUCCGGCUGA